AUGCGUAAUGACGUCAGCUCCGUGAAACAGAAACAGCCUGUCGGAAUUGAGCUGAAGGGCUCAACGUGCGACAUGUAUGCAUUUACAGCUGCAGUUAAAUCCUUAGUGGGAAUAUGCUACUGCCUACAGCUGCUGUUAUGCGAGAAGGAGGGUGGAAGAAUGGACGAAGCAGAGCUUCCAUUUCAUAUACUGCAGCAGAGAUUUGAAAUCAGAGUAUUCCAGUGGUUAUUAACCAUGAUCUAUGCCACUGAUGAAAUAAACAACUGGCCAAACCUUUUGCCAAAUAUCACACUGGGAUAUGCCAUUUAUACAUCCUGUUCUGUGGAGGUAAGAGCACUGCAGGGAAUUAUGUGGCAGCUCUCUGGGAAAGAGGAACCAGUUCCAAAUUAUCGUUGCCAGUCAAAGUCAUCAAGUUCAGUCAUUAUUGGAGAUUCACUGUCAGUGACCUCAGUUCCUAUGGCUAGAAUACUGGGUCUUUACCAUUUCCCACAGAUCAGCUAUGGUGCCUCAGUUCCUACUCUGAGUGACAAAAUUCAGUUUCCUUCAUUCUUUCGGACAACACCCCAUCAACUUUUUCAAUCAUCUGGUCUUGCUGAGAUGACGGCACAUUUUGGAUGGACCUGGAUUGGCAUUUUGCUUCUUGAUAAUGAUUUUGGCCAGCUGGGGAGCCAAAGUCUCAUAACAGAAAUUGAAAAAUCUGGUGCAUGCAUUGCCUUCUCAGAAAAAUUGCCAGUACAUUACUCUGAGGCCAAAUUCCUUCAUUUAACAGAGGUGAUCAAGAAAUCAUUAGCCAAUGUAAUCAUUAUCAUUUCAACUGAGACUAGUAUAAUCUCACUGAUGAAGCAAGUUUCUAAAGAAAAUAUGACUGGAAAGGUGUGGAUAGCAUAUCACAGCUGGUCUGACUCUCUUACUAUCCUUAGAAAGGAAUUUGUAGGAACAUUAAGUGGUACUAUUGGCUUUGCUCUUCAUGGCGGAGAAAUUCUAGGAUUUAAAGAAUUCCUUUAUAGUCUUCAUCCUGACAUCUACCCAAAUAAUUUGCUCAUAAAGCCCUUCUGGGAAGAAGCCUUUGGCUGUAAGUGGAUUGAUAUGAACACAAGUAGUGAAGUUUCUAGACUUUGUACUGGGGCAGAGAAACUGGAAGAGCUUCACAUUCCUUUCUUUGAUGUCAAGAUUGUAAGAGUUGCCUACUGUGUUUAUACUGCGGUACAUGCUGCUGCAUAUGCCUUACACAAUCUGCUUACCUGUAAACCUGGGGAGCAGCCAUUUGCCAACAGAACAUGUUCAAAGAUUCAUGAAUUUCAACCAUGGCAGUUGUUUCAUUAUAUGAAAAAAGUAAGAUUUCAGAUGAAAACUGGUGAGAAAAUAUAUUUUGAUGAAAAUGGCGACAUACCACCCAUGUUUGACAAUGUAAACUGGCAGCCGACGACUGACGGCAGCAUCGCUUUUGUAAAUGUCGGCAUCUAUAACAACAGCGCUCCUGCAGGUCAGAGACUCAGUCUGAAUCAAAGUUCCAUCCUGUGGAAUGGAGGACACAGAGAGACUCCACACUCUGUAUGCAGUAAUAGCUGUCUCCCAGGUUACAGAAAAGCUGCUCGAAGGGGAGAGCCAGUGUGUUGUUUUGACUGCACUCCAUGUUCAGAAGGAGAGAUCUCUAAUAAAACAGAUUCCAUCGUAUGCAUUCGGUGCACCAGAGACUGCUGGCCCAAUGAGAGACAAGAUGCAUGUGUACUCAAACCAAUCGAAUUCCUCUCCUAUGAAGAACCGCUGGGAAUAUCUUUGGCUGCCAUUUCCAUACUGUGCUCUUUUUUAUCUACUUCAGUUCUCGGCAUCUUUUUCAAAUACAGGGACAGUCCAAUUGUAAAAGCAAACAACUAUAUCCUGAGCUAUCUUCUGCUCUCUGCACUAGUGUUAUGUUUCCUCUGCUCACUGGUGUUCAUUGGUCACCCUAUCAGAGUGACUUGCAUGCUUCGCCAGGUCACAUUUGGUAUAAGUUUUGUUCUUUGCAUUUCAUGUGUACUGUCAAAAACUAUUACUGUAGUAAUUGCCUUUAAAGCCACAAAACCAAACAGUAAAUUAAAGAAAUGGGUUGGGAUCAAGCUUCCAAUUAGUAUAGUUUGUGCCAGUUCUUUGAUACAGGUUGUGAUUUGCUUUUUCUGGUUAAUGACUUCUCCGCCUUUCCCAUAUAUUAACUAUGAGUCUAAGCAUACCUUAAUAAUUGAAUGCAUUGAAGGCUCUGUCACUGCAUUCUGGUGCAUGUUGGGCUACAUGAGCCUUCUUGCAUCUGUAAGUUUCAUAGUGGCAUUUUUAGCCAGGAAGUUACCUGAUAGCUUCAACGAAGCAAAAUUUAUUACCUUCAGCAUGCUCGUCUUUGUUAGCGUUUGGUUAUCCUUCAUCCCAGCAUACCUCAGUACACAAGGAAAGUAUAUGGUUGCUGUGGAGAUAUUCGCUAUCUUGUCAUCGAGUACAGGGUUACUCACCUGUAUAUUUUUUCCAAAGUGUUAUAUUAUUUUGAUAAGGCCUGAGAUGAAUACCAGGGAAUAUUUAAUGAACAAGGGAAGUAAAGGGGAGAAAACAUUAUAA